GGCUCGCUGGUCUUCCUGGUGAGUGGGCUGGUGGUGCUGGGCUAUGCAGCAGCCCUUAGCGCCCAGCCCACCUACCAGGGGGUGGUCCGGGCAGUGUGUGGGACAGCAGUGGGGAAGCUCUGCGAGGUCUGCUUCCUCCUCAACCUCUUCAUGAUCUCCGUGGCUCUCCUCAGGGUAGUGGGUGACCAGCUGGAGAAACUUUGUGACUCCCUGUACCCCAACGGGACGCUGAGUGGGGCCCCCCUGUCACCCCCCUGGUAUGCAGACCAGCGCUUCACUCUCUCAGCUCUCUGUGUCUUCGUCAUCUUCCCACUCUCUGUCCCCAAGGAGAUCGGCUUCCAGAAGUACUCCAGCAUCCUGGGCACGCUGGCUGCCUGUUACCUCACCCUGGUCAUCGUCCUGAAAUACCACCUGCAGACAGAGAGCCUGGGCUCUCCUGAGCACCCUCAGCCCUCCAGGGCCUCCUCCUGGGCCUCCAUUUUCAGCGUCAUCCCCACCAUCUGCUUCGGCUUCCAGUGCCACGAGGCCUGCGUGGCCAUCUACAGCAGCAUGCGCAACCAGAGCUUCUCCCACUGGGUCGCCGUCUCCGUGCUCUCCAUGCUCAUCUGCCUGCUCAUCUACUCCCUCACGGGGGUCUAUGGCUACCUGACCUUCGGCGAGGCCGUGGCACCUGACGUCCUAAUGUCCUACCCAGGGAAUGACCCAGUUGUCAUUGUCGCCCGCCUGCUCUUCGGUGUCUCCAUCAUCACCAUCUACCCCAUCGCGGUGCUGCUGGGCAGGUCGGUGGUGCAGGAUGUGUGGGUGACCCCCAAGCGCGGAGCCGUGGUGGUGCCCGAGGCGCAGGAGCAGCGGAGCCGGGUGGUGCUGACGGUCACCUGGAUGGCCACCACGCUUGCCAUCGCCCUCUUCGUUCCAGACAUCGGGAAGGUCAUCGAGCUCAUUGGGGGCAUCAGCGCAUUCUUCAUCUUCAUCUUCCCAGGGCUGUGCCUGGUGUGCAUGACCGGGACCCGCACCCUUGGGCCACGCAAAAAGGCAGCUCUCAUCACCUGGGGUGUCCUCUCCGUGCUCAGUGGUGCCUUCGUCUGCGGGCAGAGUGCUGCCCUGGCCGGGCUGGGGCUGCUGCGCUGA